ACCAUAUGAUUUUGAUCUCAGUUACGCCCAGACCGUCAUAAGUUACUCUCAUAAAAUACGUUUCGGUACUCGUUUAACGCUAGGAAAAAAAAAAAAAAAAAAAAAAAAAAAGAAAAAAAGAAAAAAAUUCUCCUUAAUAGUGAAAUAACGAAGAGAUAAUAACAGAGAAAAUAAUAAUAAAAUAGACAAAAAAAAAUAUACAUAUAUAUAUAUAUAUAUAUACAUAUACAUAGAUAAAUAAAGUGUACAUAUCGUAUUAUAAAUAAAUCAACGAAAGAAAAUGCCAGGAUACAAAUGGGUACAUUAUCCUCAUGGUCCUGAGAGAUGUCAUUGGCAACCAAAUAUGAUAACAAUUGGUAGAGAUUUAGAUGGCAUGAAUCUUGUAGUUGGACGUGCCAGACAUAACGGCGAUGUUUUACCGGCUAAAGUAAAACCCGAUCAUAGUGUUGCUUACGUCUGUCAUGAUGGCAAUGAACACAUGAAACAUGAAUUUGAGAUUCUAAUGCCAGCGGAUUUCAAAUGGAUCCCAUCGGGUCAUGGACAUGUUCCUGAAAAUGCUGUUGAAGCUGGUAGAACAAUUAAUGGUGAAGUUCUUUACGUUGGUCGUACUUAUCAUAAUGGUAUCCCUUGUGUUGGAAAGAGUUGCAGCUGCCUGACACACGGGCCUCAUGCCAUCUGCCAUAAGUAGAGAGGCCACGCGUGCGCGCCACCAUCGGGACCCCAAGGUCCUUAAUGGCUUCACGACAAUACUGGGUGUACCAAAAUUUCACGAAUAAUCCAUCGACUUAACAUACGAUCGUCCGUCCAGUCCACCCCAAUUAAACCGAUUCGAUUCUCUCAUAUU